AUGACAGUUCUAAUGGCGAAUUCUGUCGAUGGAAGACGAGUGGCUGGUGAGGACGAGGGCUAUGGAGCGACGCCCAUCUUUCGAGCGGCAUCAGGCCAAGAGGUGCCCAUCACGACGACAGCAUCAUCGACGAGAGAUGACAGGGCAUCGAUGUCGACAUUACAGCGGCCUCACGAAGCCUGGUGGAGCAUUCAUCCCUUCCGUGGCAUGGUCAACGAUGUUCGUCGGAGAGCGCCUUACUAUGUUAGCGACUGGCUCGACGCGUGGGACUAUCGUGUUGUGCCUGCCACCGUCUUCAUGUAUUUUGCAAAUAUCCUACCUGCCCUUGCCUUCUCUCUGGACAUGUUUCAGAAUACCGGAUCAAACUAUGGUGUCAAUGAGGUUCUGCUUGCUUCUGUCCUGGGCUCUGUGGUCUUUUCCAUAUUUUCUGCUCAGCCGCUCGUCAUUGUUGGGGUCACAGGCCCCAUCACUGUGUUUAACAGUACAGUCUAUGACAUCAUGAAACCAACUGGUGUCAAUUACCUGGGAUUUAUGGCUUGGAUCGGAAUAUGGUCGCUGAUUUUGCACUGGAUCCUUGCCAUUACAAACUCCUGCAACUGGCUUCGCUGGGUCACACGAUUCCCCUGCGACAUCUUUGGAUUCUACGUGGCUUUCAUCUAUCUUCAAAAGGGCAUCCAAACACUAGAGCGUCUUGGCGAUGGGAGUGCCUUUUAUCUCUCCAUUGUCGCGGCGUUACUGCUCUUCAUGGUUGCUUAUAUCUGCGGGGAGCUGGGAGGUAGUAGUCUUUUCAGACAUCCAGUUCGGGUUUUCCUAAAGGAUUACGGCACUCCGUUGACUCUCGUUUUCUUCACUGGAUUUGUUCACAUUGGUCGUAUGUCUGAGACUCAUUUGGCGGUGCUCCCAACCAGCACUGCGUUUGAGCCGACAGCCGAUCGAGGAUGGGCCGUCAACUUCUGGGAUUUGAGCGUUGGAGAGAUUUUCACCGCUCUCCCAUUUGCCAUUCUCUUGACUAUUCUGUUCUGGUUCGACCAUAAUGUGUCAUCUCUUAUUGCGCAAGGAAGCGAAUUUCCCCUGAGAAAGCCCGCUGGUUUCCACUGGGACUUUUUCCUUCUCGGCAUCACCACCGGUGUGGCCGGCAUUCUCGGCUUACCCUUCCCCAAUGGCCUGAUCCCACAAGCCCCUUUUCAUACCGAGUCCCUUUGCGUCACCAAAGCCGUCAAGCAGCUCGAUGAAAAGGGUGAAGACAAGGGAGCAUAUACUUUCGAAGCGACUCAUGUCGUCGAGCAGCGUGUAUCCAAUCUGGCUCAGGGACUUCUUACCCUUGGCACCAUGACGGGCCCUCUUCUCGUCGUCCUCCAUCUGGUCCCCCAUGGAGUUUUAGCUGGUCUCUUUUUCAUCAUGGGCUUUCAGGCCCUUCAAGCAAAUGGCAUCACAGCCAAGCUACUCUUCUUGGCCCGGGAUAAGAAUCUGACUCCCGCAAACUCACCUCUCAAACUGGUGAAGCGACGCGCCGCAAUCUGGGGCUUUGUUAUUGUUGAGCUGGUCGGGUUCGGCGCCACCUUUGCCAUUACACAAACCAUUGCUGCCGUCGGAUUCCCUAUCAUCAUCUUGCUCCUCAUCCCCGUACGCGCUCUGGUCCUACCUAGAGUCUUCCACCCAGAAGAACUGGUCGUGCUCGACGAGCCAACAGCUUCCGACUAUAUCAUGGAAGGAAUAGGCGGCUCAUGGGGCGGUGUCAGUCAACAAGAUGAGAUUCAAAGCAGUGACGAUACACCUGUAGCGAGCGGGUCCUCGUCAUCUUCUCAACGAAGCGGUAGUCCUGGUCGUGGCCAUAGAGGCGUUCACCAUGGCUCUCUGCAUAAGAGUCAAGAGGAUCUAGCAGAGCUUGGACAGGCUCCUACUGGGCAGAACAUGGUAGCUAGGAGGAGGAGUAUUGAUAAAAGAGUGGAGAGGGAGCAUCACGUGUGA